AUGCAUGCUACUGAUACAGAGGCAGCAGAACUCGGAGCUUUCCAGCUGCAAGAUGUGGCCCAUAUUUGGUAUGAGACAUGGGAACAGUCCCGAGGGGAGGAUGCACCUUCUGCUACUUGGGACGAAUUUGCAGACGCUUUUAUUGAACAUUUCAUGCCAAUUGAGGUUAGAGAAGCCAAGGCUACAGAGUUUGAGAAUCUAAGGCAGAAGGACAUGACUGUUCAGGAUUAUUACCUCAAGUUCGUGUCAUUGUCCGCAUAUGCUCCUCACAUGGUUCCUGAUAUGAGAGCCGGCAAGUGUGGAAGAAAACACCCAGGGGUAUGCCGUUCGGGCACGGAUGGUUGUUUCGGGUGCGGUCAGCAGGGCCACUAUCUGAAGGAUUGCCCAUCCGCAAGACAGAAUACUGGGGGUAAUGUAGCUCACUCCACGAAUUCAGCGGUCCCUCGAAAUAAUCAGGCCCAGCAGGGGAACAAUGCAGCUAGGUUCGGAAACACAAGCGGUGGGCAAAACCGUUUGUAUGCAUUGACAGGCCGUCAGGAUACAGAAGCUCGUACAGAUGUUGUCACAGGUACACUCACAGUUUUCACUGUUGAAGUAUAUGCCCUUAUUGACCCAGGAUCCACCUUACCUUAUGAAACCCCUUAUGUUGCUAAGAAAUUUGGUAUUGAACUUGAAAAGUUGCAUGAACCUUUCGAAGUACCCACACCGGUUGGGGAAUCAGUUAUAGCUAGGCGUAUCUAUAGGGGUUGUCCUAAGAUUUACAAUGUCAGCAGAGUCAAGCCAUUAGGAUAG